UCAGUCUAAGUUGAUAACUUCAAUGAACACACUUUUUACUCGUUCGUGAUUUUGCUUUUUCUUGCAUAGUUUUUACUCAUUUAAAAUGGCAGCUUCAGAAGUUGUGCUGUCAAAAACUGAAAUUAAUUCAAGUCAAAAGUCUGAAAGCGAGACUUUUGAAAACAGUGGAGUUAUGAGUCGAGAGUCUACGAACCCUGGAAAACAGUCGGAACCUAUGGGGCAUUCGGAACAGUCGGAUAAUUUGAAAGUGGGGUUUGAGCCGACGAUCAAACAGACGAAAGAUGGGCAGGGUGAAAAACAAAAACGGAAGAACCGAGCUCUCCGUAAGUUUGAAUCGGUGGAUGACUUUGAAGAAGCGGAGAUGGAGGAAAAAGUGAUUCCUCUUUCGUGGGAACAACUGAAGAAAUGCGAUCUUCUGGACACGGAAGACAAGACAGAAGCUGACAUGUCUGGGGUGGAUCCUCCCUUCCUUCAAGUCCAACAAAAAGAGGAGGGGUUAGUGCGCGUGCAUUGGGUGAACAAACCCCUAAACAAUCAGAAACAGCUGAUCAGUCGCAAGUUGAGCAGAUUCGAUGGAACUUCAUCGUCUUCUGCCCAACAACAUACAGCAGUGAAACCAGAUGACGUCAUCUUGAGGCUGACUGAGUAUGAGUUGUACGUGACGGGCACUUACUUCGCACCCGACUGUGACUCGGAGAGGAGUGCCUCGACGUUUGACGACAGUGGCAAGAUCCAGAUCUACCAGCACCUGUGGACCUUCCCGGGAGAAGACAACACCGCGACUCUCACCUGUCUCAACUCGGGCGACAAGUACAAGUUCCGCGUGGUGGCAAUCUACGAGGUGUCAGCCAAUGGCAUGGUGUUCAACGAGAGAGUCAGGAGUGUGAACAAGUUCUUCAUCACCAUCGGAAGGCCCUCCAAGCCAGACAUCCGAAUCAGCGACCUAGAUCCCCUUCAGGUGAUGCUCACGUGGUCCCUGAUUGAGACUCACCCCAAAGUGGCCAUCGGAGGGUAUCUGGUGUCUCUGGACGGCGGAGUGAGAACACUGCAAGUGGGUCCAGAUGUCCGCUUCCCAUUCCUCGGCAACCUCACUCCCAACUCGCUGCAUGAAGUGCGAGUAAAGGUGUUGUCAAGUCACAGCAGUGGUGACAGUGACUUCUCGGAUCCGAUUCUCGUCCGAGUUCCCGAGAGGCCAGAGACACCCAAAUUAGAACUGAUGCCUAUUGAGGAUGUCGGAAAAGUCCAAAUAAGAUGGACGGUGGGUAGCUGUGAGCAGAAGACCGAGCGAGUCAACUGGUGCAGCAUCUUCCUCGGCCUCGGCAACAACAAGGCAUUCUUGUUCCACAAAGUGGCCGUCACAAACUCACAAGAAGACAUGUUCUACACUUUCCAGGAUCUAAAUUUAGGCGAGCAUUACCGUUGUUAUGUACAGACUCACGUGGGCACGAAUGAGGUGUCCAAAACUGGAUCUUUCGGAGUGUGUGAGAUCAUCAGCGAGGAGAGCAAUUCCGUCAAGUUUUCCCCCUGUGCUCCCCCCAUCCCAGGCACCCUCACCAUUAAGUGCCUCUACGAGGGGGGAUUCCAGAUGCAGUGGGAGGACCCCAUAGAGUUCGGAGAUGCGAAAGUGAUGGGCUACCAGUUGAUCAAGGACGGUGAGCCGCACGGUCCAGUGCUGUCACCCGAAAGUAGAACUGGCUGCAUAGACGAAGCAGUGCCUGGCUCUUUCUACAGAGUGCAGUUGGUGGCUCUGUGUGACCACCUCAUCUGUAAGAAGCCAUUUGUGAUCGAAGGCUACACUACUUCGCAGUACUUCAUGAAGAUCGCUUCUGGAUCAAAACUGGAAACCGCCGAGCAGCGCAAACUACAGAGCCUGUUUGCUCAGACGAAAAAAAUACGCCAGAGCACUCAAGCGAUCCAGGGCUAUGAAGGUUGUCUGCCAGGGUACAGCAUAGUGGUGCCAUACAGGGGACUAGUUCAUGGACCAUCAAACAUAGUGGUGAAGGACAUACAGGGUUCAAGUGCCACAGUACAGUGGUCACUAUGGUCUGUGGGGAGUUCACGUCCUAAGUGGAAGCCUGACGAUCCUGAACUUGAAGCGAAGCUGCUGAAGAGUGUACACUUCAAGAAGGCGUCCCACUACAGAGUCUACUGGUGGUAUGAGGGGGACGAGGAGGCAUAUGAAACAGACACCGAACACAACGAGGUCAGCCUCCAGUUCCUCAAACCCAAUGCCAGGUACAACUUGGCUGUGGAGGCGCGAAGAGAGGAAGAGAACGAGUUCGGCAAUCUGCUGGUCAAGAGUGUUAGUGACGUCAUCGCCUUCAGCACAGGAGCCCCACCCGAGAAGCCUCGUGACCCGAGAGUGGUGGGGCGCACCAGUGACAGUGUGACCAUAGGCUGGACACAGCCCCUCGUAGACGGAUACCAGUUGUACGGUUAUCGAAUUGAAGUGAGAGAACAGUUUUUUGAGACUGAAGCGGAUCAAGAUCCUCCAGAUACUGAGACGAAGUGCUUCAAUAUUCCUCCCACCGAAACCCAAUUCACAGUUCCCGAUUUAGCCCAUACUACCCAGUGGGAUUUCACUCUAAUGGUGAUUUCAGACAGGUACUUUGAAGCGUGCCAGGACAAGAAAAUGAAAAACUUGACCGAGAUUCCUCUAGAAAUGAGAUUCGAAAAAAUUGUCAACCACUGGCUGCCUUAUGUAACCUUAAGCUCUUUGACUUUGCCCAAAGAGGAUAUAAGAAGUCUAGUCAUUAGCAAGCUGAAGCCCAAUUCAAUCACGCUUAAAUGGGCGACAUUCACUUCGCCGAAUGAUGAUUCGGUCGAACUGAAGUACGAGAAGCAGGUCGUGUCGUUUAACGAGUACUCGGAGAAUGUCGGUGGACAAUCGACGAGGUAUUUUGACUGUGUUUCCGUCGACCCGGAGGCUCGGCGUUUUACCCUGUCUGAUUUGGAGCCGGCAACUGUUUAUCAAAUCAACCUUGAAGCUACAUCAAAGCUGCCACCCGAGAAUCAGAAAGGAAAGAAAUUGAGCAAAAAGUCAGCCCAAAAUCCGGACCAAGAAGAAGAGUUCGACUCUGUGCACGUGUAUGACCCCCUCAUAAUCCGGACUCCGGCGCCCAUCAAGUCCAGUAAUUUGGUUCUGACUGGAUACACGCCUACAAGUAUCCGAGUGUCAUGGGCGAAACCAUGCACACACAGGAAUCCAGACAACGUGUUUGCGACCAAGAUUAUCCGGAGAGAUCUCAAAGAGUACCGAGUGGUGAUCAACGGGAAAACAAACCAGCCUGUGGAUGUCAACCAGCAGCUGGCCGUGUUGACCAAGUGCCAGCCAGGGAAGACAUAUCAUCUGGUACUCGCCACCAUCACAUCCACGUACCAUCUCUACAAGGACCCUGAGAUGCAGUCCACGUUCGGAAGGAGUAAAGACUUCGCCUACUCUCUCCCAGUGUCAAUCACCCUCCCAGAUGUACAGAAAGGCAAGCAAAUCAUCCAGGCAUUCGACUGUGAGUUUGUGAGACAGUGUGCGGAGGGCAAAAACGAGGAGGGAUACAUCAGAGCCAGAUGGGUCAUCUACAAGGGGGGACUAACUAAGGGGGGCAACAACAACCAGGCGUCGACAAAGACCAACGCCGAGAUGGGCAUCGACAGUUUCGAAGUUGUGUGGGAGAGUGACACUGACAGUGAUGAGGUCUACAGUGUAACUGUGGCAUGUCACGACAGCUGGGUUCUCAUUCCAGUCGAUAGGGCAGGAUCUGUCUACAGAAUAUUGCUGAUUGUGUCCUUCAACGACGGACAGGAACCUCAAAGGAGUGAAAUGCUCACUUAUCAGGUUCCGAGCCAACCUCCCAAACCACUGGUCCAUAUCCACCACGUGUCCAGACUCUUUUUCAUCAUCGAGUGGAUGCAUGAAGGAGCCAGUGGACCGAACCAGACCAGAGGAUUCCAGACAUACAUAGACGGGAGGAGAGCUGGGAAUAUGCUGGAACCAGGGUUCUUCAAGGCCAAAAUCGCCAGCAAAAUUGACCAAGAGUACAACAUCCAAGUACAGGCCUCCAGUUCCCACCCGGACAUGCCCCACUCUGAGUUGAGUGACCCCCUCAUAGUGCGCACAGACAUGGCCACAAUGGAACUGUACAAACAGAUGUACAUAGACAUGCAUGGCCUCGCAAAUGUGGAGCUCAACUUCGGCUCAUCCGACAGACUUCCUGGCACAGGAGGGGAAAGGGGAGAAGUUAAACUGGGGCUGUUGGAACUGACAGACACUGUGAUGGCGUUCAGGAUCAUGGAUCUAAACAGUGAAAAUGUGUCUAAUGUGAAAGUUGAGUGGAACUCGUUCGAUUCGGCCGAGACCCGACAACUGCUCCUCCCCCCUGACCAGAAGGACAUUUCCCUCUCAACCUUCGGCCCAGGGAUCCACCACUUCAUCCGCUUCUUCGGAGUUGAGGAACAUGGCUUUGUGGUCACCAAGAGCAAACAGAUCACGGUGUUGUCGGCCAAGAAACUGGAACAACCUGUCCUCAGACCGAAAAAAGUUUCGUUCGAGGAACUGGUCGUCUCGUGGUCUUCCCUGCGAGACCUGCGCGACCUCAUCAUAGGCUACCGAGUGAUCAUCAACGGAAAAGAAAUCACCGAAGUCGAGAACUACGAGACCGAAUAUGUGUUCACGCUAGGUCAAAUGUGUCGAGAGUACAAAUUCGAAGUGCAGGCUUUAGCCAACCAUGAGUACCUGGAUAGCGAGGUGUCCAAACCUUUGGUUAUUCUCUGGCCAGGGAUAAUCACUCCGGAUAUCUACGAAGUUAUGACUACAACCGGAAAUGCCAUCAAGAUAGCGUGGAGCCGCCCAUUCUCCAGCAAGAAUGUCAAGAUUCUCGGGUACUGGGUGUACUGUAAGAUGAGACAGGAUCAGGCGGAGGACGUGAACAAGACAGAAAAGCGGAUGAUAGUUGGACCCCUUGAGGCAGACACGACCUCCUACCAGCUGGAGAACCUGUCCACAGUCUGUCUCUACCAAAUAUACAUCGAACUCAAAAUAGCAGGCUUGGACCAAUUCCUCCAGUCUAACAAACUCACUUUGAGACCAGUGCACUUCCCCCACGCACCUGUGAUCAAGACGAACUUAGUCGGAGUGAACGAGCGACCUCAGUUGGAAAUGGAGAUGUGUCGGCUCAUCAGGAGCUGGUGGUCACUUCUCGGGUUCGAUGGAUCUGCCUCAUUCAAACAGGGUUCGGAGAGACAGCAGGAAAUAAACGAUCUCUACAAAAAAAUGGAGCCGAUGCUGGCCAAGAUAGCCCAGUUCACUGGCAAGAUAGAAGGGGAAAUCACGUGGGAGAAGCUGGAUCAAGAGACUAGGGAGCAGAUUGCAGGGUUCAAGGUCAUCGUCAACGGAUCUCAAGUGGGGGCUAUUCUACCCAGCACUCAGAACAAGUUUAACUUCAAGCUGUCGAUGGGCAAGCCAGAGUACACAAUCUGCGUGGGCAGUGUGGUUCAGGACUCCUCGUUUCCACUUCAGAAGAGCAACAAAGUCACAGUGGACUCCACACUCUUCAGACCCUUCAGUCUCUUCUGCUACUCACACGUGCACAGCAGAGUCGCCCGGUGGCCCAACAGGGGCUGCUGUGCUGUAGCCGACAUGCUUGCCGAGGAGCUGCAACAGCAGAGCAACUCGAAACUUAAGAGACAACAGGCCUCCAGUCUCCCUGGUCUAAUCAGGGGAGAGAGAAAGAGAUGGCCUAACCCAUACGUGUACGAUGUGCUCAACAAAUGCGAGACCUCACUGCACCUGUUGUUUGAUGACCCCACCCUAGAUGACUCAUCUGCUGUGGGUGGGGGUGGGCCGGGGGGUGCUCGGAGGAAGAAGAGUGAGAGGUCUGGAUUCACUGUUGUUCUGUUCUACACCAACUGGUGUCUCUCCUCGCAGAAGACGUUCCGGCACGUGACCAGGUGGGCCUCCACCAAUGACAUGUCCACUAAGCUGAUCACGUGCUGUGUCGGCAGCGGAGAACAGCCGGAUGUGCACUAUGCCAACGUGGCUAAGCUUGUCAAAGACAAAAACGAAUCAGAUUCGAAGAACUGGUUGGCUGACAACAUCCAGCACGUCUGCGGCUGCUUCUCCCUUAGUGGUGGAGUAAUUGAUCUGAGCAGACCGGACACCCAAAAAAACAGCGAGAAGAAAUCAGUGGCAGCAACACCUGCAUCAAAUGCUUCCUCAAAAAGGAUCCAAGAAAUGUUCAACCUGAUCGGAGUGCCCACUAUAUCCAUAGUGUAUGACCAAUCCAGCAGCAUUGUGUGGCAGGGGCGACCACUGGCAUCCACCCAGGAGGAGUUCGCACAAUUCUUCACUGAGGUCAUUCACUCUCUACCCCGGAGUUACUAAUAAAUGCACUC